CUUGAUUGAAAAUAGAGGGAUUAAAAAAAAAAACUCUUUAUCUGGGUUUGCAUUUGUGAUUGACAUUGUGCCCUAAUCCCAAAUUCCCAAUCUACUUCUCUUCAAUCUUCUCCGCGAUCCGAUUCCUAGAUCUUCUUCUUGCUGCUGCAGAAGCUGCAUUCGUCACCUAAUCAUGGUGCUUCUUCACAGAGAACUCGACCUUCUCCUCUCUACCCAUUUGGCUGAUCCUCUUAAAGGAGAUGGUGCCAAAUCCAAGGGGAUGUCAAUUGAGAAGAAGAUUGAGUUCCUUGAGAGCUUCACUGGAAAGGUCACAAAUCGAAGAUCUCGUAGGUGGUUAAAUGAUCGUCUCUUGAUGGAACUAGUGCCGCGUUUAAAUGCUGAGGAAAUUAGAGGGUUGUUUGCACCACCACCUUGGGGUGAUGAAGUUCCACCCUCAACAUUUUCUAUGACUAAUGUGGAGGAGUGGGACAGAUUCCGGAAUAUAGACAUGGAUAAAGAGGUUAAUAUAAUUCAUGCCCUAGAAAAUACCUUAGAUAAGAAGAAAGGUCAUGUUGAUGCUGAUAAGUUGGCAGUGUUGAAUGCUUGGCAUAGAGUUGAUUGUAAAACAAGAGACGCACUUCGCCGCAGCUCGCUUUCUGAACUCAUAGAGGGAUAUGAGGAAUGUGUACGGACUUUCAUAACAGAGAAGACAGAUGGAGAUGUUCUUGAACUACAAAUUCAGGAUCCUUUUCAUCGAUUGUUGCUGCAUGGAGUGUGUGAGGUGGAUGCGUUCACUGAGUCAGCGUUCAAGGGUAACCCUGCAGCAGUGUGUUUGUUAGAAGAAGACAAGGAUGAUGAUUGGUUGCAAGCUGUAGCUGCAGAGUUCAACAUCUCUGAAACUUGUUUCUUGACUCGCAUUGAUGGAACCUCUAAUCCCCGUUUUGGCCUCAGAUGGUUUACUCCUGUUGUUGAGGUUAACCUCUGUGGCCAUGCCACAUUAGCGGCUGCAUACAUACUGUUUUCAUCUGGUUUGGUGAAGACCAAUGUUAUUGAAUUUGUGACACUAUCUGGAAUAUUAACAGUCAAAAAGAUCCCAGCAGUCAAUGCCACUAAUGGCACAAACUUGCAAAAGAGUGAAGCUAAGGAUGGGUUCUAUAUCGAAUUGGAUUUUCCUGCAGACCAUAUUAUAGAGUCCAAUUUUGAUGGGACUGCACGAAUUUCUGGGGCAUUGAAUGGUGCUCCCAUAAUUGAUAUAAAGAGUACACAUAAUAGCGAGGACUUCCUGGUUGAACUCGCAUCAAGAGAAGAUGUCAUAGCAGUUCAGCCACAACUUGAUGCAAUGGUUAAAUUUCCUGGAAGGGGGGUAAUUGUCUCAGCGAUUGCUCCUCCAGAGUCGGGAUUUGACUUCUAUAGUCGAUUCUUCUGCCCAAAAUUUGGAGUCGAUGAGGAUCCUGUUUGUGGGACUGCACAUUGUGCCUUAGCAUCCUACUGGAGUAAGAAGCUAGGGAAGUGUGAUUUCAUUGCUAAUCAGGCAUCACCCAGAGGGGGAAUUCUCCAUAUUCAUCUUGAUGAGGAGAACCAACGAGUGUUCUUGCGUGGGAAGGCUGUUACGGUGAUGGAAGGGUGUGUUCUGGUCUAGGCCUGUUCCUAAAAUUGCAGAAUACAUAGUUGCUCCAAUAGAUAUAUCAGAUGAUAAGAAUUGUAAUUGGAGAACUGAACUCUUGCAAAAGAAGAACCUCACUGCAUUCUGUAUUUGAUACACAAAAACCUUGGUGGCAAUGUAAUAAUAUUUGUUGAGUUGAAUAAAUUGAUCUGGUCAUUGCCUUUUUA